CACGCGCCCUCGCGGGCUGGAGCCGGGGCUGGAGUCGUAACUCGGAAGCUGGAGCCCAGACGGGCCCGCGGUGGGGGGGUGGGGGCUGCGCGGGGGCGGGAGUGGCGGAGGUGGCCGCCCCUGGCGGCGGGUUUGUUUAUCCCGGGGAAGAAGUUUAGGAGCGGGAGAUAGGGAAGGAGGGCGGGUCCGGGAGGAGGGAUGCGGUUCGGCGGAGGCGGCCGCCACAGGGACUUGCCGCCAUCACCCCUGCUGCCACCACCGCAGCCUCGAGCUCCCAGGGCCGACACGGCCGCCGCCUCAUUGGGAGAGGUGUCUCCACCGGGACUGACCGCUGCCGCCCAGCACGUCCAGGUAAGGUACUCAACUGUGUGGGGUACUACAUAAAUCCUAAAAGACUACAAUAAAGUGGCGAUGUCUCGGGAACCCACCCCACCUCUACCUGGAGAUAUGUCUACUGGUCCCAUAGCAGAAAGCUGGUGUUACACACAGGUUAAAGUAGUAAAAUUUUCGUAUAUGUGGACCAUUAAUAACUUCAGUUUUUGUCGAGAGGAAAUGGGCGAAGUGUUAAAAAGUUCAACAUUUUCAUCUGGCCCAAGUGACAAAAUGAAAUGGUGCCUGAGGGUAAACCCAAAGGGAUUAGAUGAUGAAAGUAAAGACUACUUGUCCUUAUAUUUGCUUUUAGUCAGCUGCCCCAAAAGUGAAGUUCGAGCAAAAUUCAAAUUUUCCCUUCUGAAUGCUAAAAGGGAAGAAACAAAAGCAAUGGAAAGCCAAAGAGCAUAUCGAUUUGUGCAAGGGAAGGACUGGGGUUUUAAAAAAUUCAUUAGAAGGGACUUUUUGCUUGAUGAAGCUAAUGGUCUUUUACCAGAUGACAAGCUUACAUUAUUUUGUGAGGUGAGUGUGGUCCAAGAUUCAGUAAACAUAUCAGGACAUACUAAUACAAAUACUUUGAAGGUGCCUGAGUGUCGUCUAGCAGAAGAUUUAGGUAAUCUCUGGGAAAACACAAGAUUUACAGACUGCAGUUUUUUCGUGAGAGGACAAGAAUUUAAAGCUCAUAAAUCUGUGCUUGCAGCUCGAUCUCCAGUUUUUAACGCCAUGUUUGAACAUGAAAUGGAAGAAAGCAAAAAGAAUCGAGUGGAAAUAAAUGAUUUAGACCCUGAAGUUUUUAAAGAAAUGAUGAGAUUCAUUUACACAGGGAGAGCACCAAACCUUGACAAAAUGGCUGACAACUUGUUGGCAGCUGCAGACAAAUAUGCACUGGAACGGCUGAAGGUCAUGUGCGAAGAAGCUUUGUGUAGUAACCUCUCAGUAGAGAAUGUUGCGGAUACCCUUGUCCUUGCAGAUUUGCACAGUGCAGAACAGUUGAAAGCACAAGCCAUAGACUUUAUUAAUAGGUGCAGUGUACUUCGACAACUUGGGUGUAAAGAUGGGAAAAACUGGAACAGCAACCAAGCAACCGACAUAAUGGAAACAUCAGGGUGGAAGUCCAUGAUUCAGUCUCACCCUCAUUUAGUAGCAGAAGCCUUUCGAGCACUAGCAUCUGCACAGUGUCCACAGUUUGGCAUUCCACGCAAACGGCUAAAACAGUCCUGAAAUCUUCCAUGAACAGUUGAAAAAUGGAAUUGACUUUCACUCCUCCAGGUCCAGAAGGAUUCUAAUACACAAACCAUAAGCAAGAGUUGUUUCUGUUAUUUUGUCCACAGAACAGAAGCUGAAAAAGCAUAUUGCUUGCAUUUCAGGUGGAUAAUUUAUGGUUUAUUCUUCAGCUUUAAAUUAGACUGAUUAAUUCACUUCAAGGCCUUAAAUUAUCUUCAAUGACUUCUCUUGUUCAUAUAAUACUUUAAUUUUUUUUUAUUGUGCCUUGUCAUUUUGACCAAGGCUAUGCAGGAUUGCACUAGCUCCAUAAUGCAGUAAUAUUGAUAACUGAAGAUAUUAAGUUUCAAAAGGAUCUUCCAUUAUUUUGCAAAAAGAAAAAUGAAUUUUAUAGGGUUUGUCCUAUGCUAUCUCAAAGUUUAAGUUCUCUUUAAAAGCACUUGUAUUGGAGAUUACCAGUAAUGUCUCCAAUCUAAGUUCUAUAAAUAUGGGAGAACCCUCUUACCUUCAAGGUAAGUUAUGGCAAUACACUGCUUCAAUUCUAAUUUAUUUUUCAUUUCAGGGGGCAAAUAUGCAAUGAGUUGGCCCAGAUUUUUAGUGACAUUUGUGAUAUUUGUCUUGUAUGUUAACUGUCCGACAAACUGUGGGUUUAUUCUAAGUUUACAAUUAUUGAGAACUGAUUGAGGUUAAGAUUUCAUGAAGAAAGCAUGUAUUGUGUGGAAGUAAUUUUUUUUUUAAUUUAUACUGACCUACAUUUAUAUGAAGAAUUCUGUACAUGUUAAAAGUAAGGAUGACCAAAUGCUAAUUUAAUGAGUGGGCCAAUUAAGAAAGAUAUAUAUGCACUUUUACUGUGUAACUUUUGUAUGCUGAAUGGUACAUAUAUUUUUUUGCUUUUGAGGGAAUUAAUAAGGUAUAAUUAAUUGUGUCUUAACUUUUCAAAGAAAUUUUUAGAUGGAGGCAACUGGGAUGUUUGUGAUAAUAGAUGAGAAAGACAUCCUUGAUUGUAGUUAAAUUGGUUUGGAUUACAGAUAUUCAUUAUUGGAUUGACUCCUAUUUUCUCACACUUUGGAAAAGACACCUGAACAAUAAAUGAAUCCUGGAUAGUCUACUCUCCUUCAAACAAUGAACUGAUACUUGCCUUUGGGAGAUGCAUACAAAAGGAGAGAACCCUUAGACUAUGUCAGGUCACACUAGGAACCUCCCCUCACUCCCCGUUUUUCUUCAUUGUGUUUCAGUUACUGUACUAACAUUGUGGAUGAUACUGAAAUUCUGCAUAAUGUGAACAGGAUAAACUAUUUAUAAACUGCUUUUCAUGGGCCAGUUCUUUAUUAUAAAUGAAUUUUAGCUUUAAAUGCAUAUACACGUUCAGUGUUUGAUAGUUGUGUUCUUAAGGGAGGUUUGUUCUGGUGCAUUGUCCUGGAGAAGCAGAAGCAGUCAGUGUUGGGGUACCACAUCUGACUUACUGUGGUGGUGACAAUGUGCUUCUUAAGGGCAAGAUUUAUAUUUGACCACAAGGGAAAAAGUGUGUCACUGGAAAAAAAUGCAUAUACCUAUGUUUGCAAACAUAACUAUUCUUCAGAUUAAAAUUUGUAUAAUUUGUUUAUUUAAUGUUUGAAUUCAGGACAAAAGAAAAAAUGAAGCUUGAGGUGUUUUCAAAUAGACCUUAUUUUUGCUAUCUCUUUGUUAGGUGUUAACUGAAGCAAUUCGAAUAUGUCCAGAUUCAUUUGGAUUCAUAUUUACAUUGAAAAAACUCAACUAAGCAUUUGUUAUCCACAACAACCUAGAGUUUAAAAAGAUCGUAUUUUCACCUGUCUUCAUUACUUUCUAUGUAGUUUCAUUCUUUGUCGUGGUAACUUAAAUUUGAAAUUGGAAGAAUCUCUUAGGAUAGAAGAAAGAUUCUUACCUGGUGAUGGACUUCAUCCUUCAUCCUGUGUAAGAGUAUUAUUGGGAGUAGAAAUUCACUUCCUUAAAUCCAUUGUAAGAUUGAGCCUCAAGUUUGCAAUAUACAAUUUUAAAAAUACACGUACAUACAUACAUACGUAUACAUUUCCAGUUUAAGAUUUUAUGAGGGUCUUAUAAGAAAACAAAAAUUCCCUCAGGCUAUAGAAUUAUGUUGUCAUAUAUCAGAAAAGUACUGAUGUAUCCAUUUAUAUCCAAUGCGCACCACACCGGCACAUUGUGAUUUAAUUCACCACUUGAAUCUAUAUUUCUAACCACAGUGACUUCAGUAAAAAUACCAUAUAAUGAACAUUUCAGCUUCUUCUUACUUACUCGAGAGUUUAUUGCAAAUCUUAAGGAUUUUAUUAUAAAGAUUUUUUUUUAGUUUGGUAGCACAUUUUGUACCAAAAAUGUCAAACACUGUGCUGUAAGAAUAUCCAUGUUUGUAGAAAUGUCCACUUUUCAGAUAAUAUAAUGCCUACCAUUAUACUAACAGAAUCAUAUGGUAGUUGAUUUAUUUUUUUAUUUAUUAUGUAUAUUUUUGGUAUUGUGGGUUCUUGAGGCAAUGAUAAAAACACUUAAUGUAUUCUGACAUGAGUGCUCUAAUAGCCUCCUCCUCCUCAUUUUUAAACUGCAUACAUUACUUUCAAAAUAGGUAUAGAUAUUCUGUCCCGCCUUUUGAGCUAUUAGCCUGUUCCUGUUUCCCUUUGUCACCUAAGCAAGGCUUUUUCUGAGAAGGUAGUGAAUGGUUUCAAAUGUUGCAUACUAUAAGAAUAAUCAUUGGGUAACUGUUGUUUAGACCAACACUUAGAAAUACUAUAUUUGUGCCUUUUCUUUUUUAAUUUUAAUGUGUGUUGAUAUUUGGAGCACAAAUAAUGAAGGUGCCAUAAUAUGGCUUGCCAAUGUUACCUCCUUGAAUAGUCAUGUGUCAUUGUCUUGAAUUGGUAAUUGGAGAACCUUGCAUGAAAUAUGUGAUCAUGUGUGUGUGUGUGUGUGUAUGUGCGUGUGUGUCUGUGUGUGUGUACAUACCUGUAUUUGCUUGGGGCUUGUGUGUGGUAUGUUACAAAGAGUGAAUUUCUGGAAAUAGAAAUCAGUUAAAUGUUGAAAGUUCAGGUUAGCAGAAAUAUUUCAUUUAAAUAUGCUUUACUUUGGAGGACAAUUGAUUAACAGAGGAAAUGAUAAUUUUCAAAAAUGUGAUCAAUUUACUGCAUGAUGAAAUGUGAAAACAGUGCCUUUUUAGGACAUCAAUUAUAAUAAAAUUGUUUUAAAAUAUUAACAAAAAUCUCAAAAAGUUGUCAUGAACAUUAUUCGUUUAUUUUUAAACUGGAUCUAAAUAAGAGCUUAGAUGGCCAAAAUUAGAAUUAAUAAUAUACCCAUUUAAAUUUUGUUCAUAAAUUUAAAAUCUUAAUCAGAAUUCUUUAUAAAAUGUGGGUCAUAGAUAUGACCCAGUGUUACUAAAAUAGAACAGGGAUUGUGAAAAUCCAGCUCAACAUACUUAAGUAUACUUGGCUUAGAGCCAAGUAUACUUGAAGAGGUGAAUUAUUCUGACUUGGACAUGCAUGCUCUUUGAUGGAUAAAAUAAAAAUAUUCAAUUUAUUCCUACAAAAGAAGGUGGGUGGGUUAGUGGGUUUGUUUUAGUGUUCUCAGAUUAUAAAGACAGCACUUUCCGCACACAAAGUGUAUUUUACAAACCUUUUUUAUACAAAUUAAUGAGCUCUACUUUAUUUAAGUGUUCAUGGAAUGAUGUAAAUUUUAGGUCCAGUUGAACAAAUAUUGAGUGCCUACCAUAUGCAAGACUAACUCCUUACUAGGAAUGAAAUCACACAGUGUCUUCUGUUUGCAGUAUGUGAACUUUAUGUUUGAAAAGAAAUUCUUAUAUUUAAAUUUUUUUGUUGUCAGAGUUUAUCAUUGUAUACUGUAACCCAGUAAAUUUUGCAUUCAGUUUUAAAAAAUGAAGAUGUAACUUACGUGAGUCUCAUUUUUGAAAAUGAAAUUCUGCAAAAAUUAUUUAAAAAUUAGUUCUUGGGGAAAUUGAUUUUCAAGAUUCAAAUGUAUAAAAACUUAUAUUGAACUUUUCAGCCUCGUUUUUAAUUAGCUGAUGUUAAUGAUAAGAUACAUAAUACAUGUAUCUUGUUGCUGAAAAUAUUUUUUGCAUUUCAACACAUUGAGUUAAAAUAAAGUUGUUACUACUUAUUCAAGAUUAA